AUGACUGUAUCUUGCAAGCCUACUAGCUCAAUUUGUACUCCAUCGACAAAGAUCGUGAGCGGUAAAGUGACAGUCGCUUCUUGUACUCAAGCCUCCGUAAAACUCGCUUCGUAG